GACUGUGAGGAAGUGGACUGAGGAGCCAAAGCUGAAGUUACAGGCCUGCUUUGACUGAAGUAGCUUUGCAGCUGCAGAGCUGACUUCAACGAGCUGACAGACACUGUGACGUCCUACAUCAGCUGCAGGCCAAGACUAUCUGACAUACAACAACAAUAAACCUUAGUUCACACCUAACCUCAGGAAGCUGCGUCAGACCAAGGAAGAGGCCUACAGAAGCGGGGACCAGGACCUGUUCAAGCAGGCCAGAAACAGGCUGACAAAGGAGAUCAGGGUAGUUAAGAGGAGCUAAUGAGAGACUAAAAAACUCUCUGCAAACAACCCUCUGUCAGUGUGGAGAGUCCUGCAGCACAUCAUCAGCUACAGGAGACCAUCCCCCCUCCCUGUGGAAAAUCCCAGACUUGCUAAUGGUCUGAAUAACUUUUACUGGUUUCUGCAGGUUUGGGAAGUAGUCCUUCACACCUUCAACCCACACAUUAGGUCUCCCUGUAACCCCCACAUCCUUCAACUAGACCUCCGCCUGCACCAAGGAUCUGUGAAGAGUGCCGGCUCUUUUUAAGACAGAAGCUCAGGAAGGCUCCAGGACCAGACAAUGUGUCCCUGCCUGCCUGAAAGUCAGUGUUGAACAGCUGGCACUCACCUUCACUCUGAUCUUUAAUCGAUCCCUGCAGCUGUGUAAAGAUGCCCUCAUGCUUCAAACGCUCCACCAUUAUACCAAGAAGCCCUCCAUCACAGGAGUUUAUGAAUACAGGCCCGUUGCCCUGACGUCUGUAGUCCUGAAAUCCUUUGAAAGACUGGUGUUGUCACCAUCACAAGCCCCCUGCUGGACCCCUUGGACUUUGCCUACAGGGCAAGCAGGUCGAUAGACGAUGCCUUUGAUGUGGGACUGAACUACAUCCUGCAUCACCUCGAUUUCCCAGGGACGUAUGCAAGGAUCCUGUUCGUGGACUUCAGCUUGGUAUUUAACACCAUUAUCUCUGAAAUCCUCCACCGGAAGCUUACUCAGCUCACAGUUCCCACCUCCACCUGAGGCUGGGGAGCAUCACGUCCAGCACUCCAUCAGCACUGGUACCCCCCAGGGCUGUGUCCUCUCCCCACUGCUCUUCUCCCUCUGCUUCACUGGGCGCCGUCUUUAGCUAAGCUCUGGGCCAUGAGGUCUUCAUCCCUCCUCCUCCUCCUCUCCUUCCUCCUGGGAGUAAGUGAUGUUCAAGGAGAUUCAGACUUCAGAAUCUGUGCAUUUAACCUUCAUCAUUAUGGAGAUUCUAAAGCCAAGAAGACCGAUGUCAUGCAGACUCUUGUCAAGAUCAUCUCUCGCUGCGACGUGUGCUUGCUUCAGGAGGUGAGAGACAGUAAAGGAACAGCUGUACCACAGCUGCUCGAACAGGUCCAAAGGUAUGGCUCUGGACAUGAGUACAGAGCUGUGGCCAGUGGGAGGCUGGGCAGGUCGGCGUCGUACCAGGAGCAGUAUGUGUUUUUUUACAGGAGUAACUCAGUGACACUCACUGACCAGUAUCAGUAUCCAGACGAGCUUCCAGGAGAUGUAGAUGCUUUCUCCAGAGAGCCGUUCGUUGUUCGCUUCAGGGCCCCCACCACAGCUAUAAAGGAAUUUGUCCUGAUUCCUCAGCACACCACUCCAGACAACACCACUAAGGAGCUCGAUGCCCUGUAUGAUGUUCUGCAGCACGUGAGGAAGAUGUGGAAAACUGAGAAUGUGAUGCUUCUUGGGGACUUUAAUGCUGACUGUGGUUACCUUGCUAAGAAGAACCGCUUUAAAGUGCGCCUGAUUACAGACAAAAACCUCUUCUGGCUCAUACCGGAGAACAGUGACACCACCGUACGUUCGACCACAUCCUGCACAUACGACAGGAUUGUUGUGCACGGAGAAGCCUUUAACAGAGCGGUGGUGCCUUCCUCCGCCAAACCUUUUAACUUCCAGACAGAAUACCGACUAACAGAAGAGCAGGCACUGGACGUGAGCGACCAUUAUCCAGUGGAGGUCCUCCUGCAGGUGGUCAGAUCCAGAGCCUUCAGGGGCAGCACAUCCUCCAGUGGCAGCACAUCUGGAACAAGCACGUUGCUCCAGAUGUGCACGUUGUUCGUCCUCAGCCAUCUUACCCGCCACAUAUGAUCACAGUAGCUGGAAUAAACUUGCAGAAAGGAUGAUUUUAAACUCUGUGUUUGAGGAAGAUCUAAAGAAAAGUUCAUGAACUGAUGAAGAGUCCUGCAUGUGGAGUCUGAUGAUGCUCGAAAUGAAGCUGUUCGCCUUCUUCACCCUCGUAUUCUUUUAUGUUCCAGCCAAGCAUGCUUCAGAUUUACUAAAACCUCCUCAGCAUUGGAUCAACAUUCUUCUACCAUGUUUUAUUUUGCACAUGCUGGGGUCCACAUUAGCUGCUGAGGAGGUUCCUGUAAAGACCUGAAGCAUGCUUAGACUGGUUUAAACAGUCCAGUGUUCUUCAUGUUAAAAGGAUAUUAAAGAGAAAAUGAAAGUAAAUCACUUGUAAAUGGUGAAUUAGAUAACAGUAGCUGUGUUCUUUUAAUCCGAUCGAAUGUCCAGUCAGAAUAAAAAAGCUUCAUGUAAACAUGUCAGCUGGAAUCUGUUCAGAUUUUAGGCAGAUUGAUGAAAUAUUUGUCUGUUUGAUCGUAGCCAGUGUUAAACUUAAGCAGGUCUUUAACCUCCUGGUGUCUGAUGCUGUAAGUGAACAUUUAUAUUCUUCUCUUUUUACUUUCAAACAAGCAGAACUUUUUCUUUUACCUUCAGCCUUUCUCCAUUUUGUUCUUUAGAUUUAACAGAAAUCUGCUGUGGUUUUAUGAAACAUGUUCACGGUCCUUUGGUCUGAUUUGUAAC